UCAGUCCAAAUAGUGGAAAUGUCUGACAUGGUUGAAGUGCACCUCAUAGACGUUGUGUUAUGUGCAGUGGUAUGGUUCUUCCUCUAGUGGUUGAAAUAAGGUAAUAAUUUAAGUAUGAAAGCAGGCAGAUUACUGAAAGGCUCUGUCAAAGGGAUUUUCUGUGUGGCAUCCAGGUACGGGGGUAUAUCAGUGGGAGCACAGCUCCCUGUUUUAGGGGUGGAGCCAAAGACCAUCCAGGACGUAGCAGGUCAGCUGGGACGACUGCUCAAUGUAACAGGGGGAAAAUACUCGAAACAAACGCUAGAGGAUAUAGGGACAUUCUUUAGGUACAUGGAGACUGAAAACAAUGUCAAGGUAUGGUAUAACAAUAAGGGCUGGCAUGCCAUGGUAUCUUUUAUGAACGUGGCCAACAAUGCAAUCCUCCGUGCAAGCCUGCACAGAGACGCUAACCUUGCUGAAUAUGGAAUCACUGCCAUCAACCAUCCUCUGAACCUCACCAAAGAACAGCUCUCUGAGAUCACUGUUCUGACCACAUCAGUGGAUGCAGUGGUGGCCAUUUGUGUCAUCUUUGCCAUGUCCUUUGUCCCAGCCAGCUUUGUGCUCUAUCUCAUCCAGGAGAGGGUCACUCAGGCCAAACACCUGCAGUUUGUCAGUGGUGUCAGUCCACUGGUGUACUGGAUGGCCAACUUUCUGUGGGACAUGGUUAAUUAUUCCAUCAGUGCAGCAAUGGUGGUGGAAAUUUUCAUCUUUUUCGACAGGAAGUGCUACACCUCACCAACCAACCUCCAACCAUUAAUUGCUCUGCUUAUGCUUUACGGCUGGUCUGUGACACCCAUGAUGUACCCCAUGUCAUACGUGUUCAGUGUUCCCAGCACAGCCUACGUCUCUUUGUCAUGUAUCAACCUCUUCAUUGGCAUCAACAGCAGUGCCAUUACCUUCAUCCUGGACCUGUUUGAGAGCAACACGGCUCUGUAUGGGUUCAACCAGCUGUUGAAGAGGGUGAUGCUGAUGUUCCCCCAUUACUGCCUGGGCCGAGGUCUCAUAGACAUGGCUAUGAACCAAGCUAUAAGUGAUGUCUAUGCCCGCUUUGGUGAGGACUACAGUCCAGAUCCCUAUAACUGGGAUUUUAUUGGGAAGAACCUGUUCUGCAUGGGUGUUGAGGGAUUUGUCUAUUUCAUCAUUAAUAUUCUCUUCCAGUAUUGCUUCUUCCUGAAUAACUGGAUACCCGAUUGCCCAAAGCCUCACAUUUUGGAUGAAGACGUGGAUGUUGGAGAGGAAAGACAGCGAAUUUAUCAGAGUGGAAAAUCAAAUGACAUUUUACGUGUGAGAGACUUGUCCAAGACUUACACAGGAACAAUUAUCCCUGCAGUAGACCGAAUCUGUGUCGGAGUAUCACCUGGAGAGUGCUUCGGUCUCCUGGGGGUAAAUGGAGCUGGGAAAACCACAACCUUUAAGAUGUUGACUGGAGACAUUAAUGUCACCUCAGGAGAAGCCUCGGUUGCAGGUCACAGCAUUUUGACCAAUAUCCUGGAUGUCCAUCAGAACAUGGGUUACUGCCCUCAGUUUGAUGCCAUAGAUGAGCUGCUGACAGGCAGAGAACACCUACACCUCUACGCUCGCCUUCGUGGAGUGCCAGAGUCUGAGAUCAGCAGGGUUGCAGAGUGGGCCAUCCAGAAGCUGGGUCUCUCAGAAUAUGCAGGUCACAGUGCAGGGACCUACAGCGGAGGUAACAGGAGGAAACUCUCCACAGCCAUUGCAAUGAUUGGCUGUCCUGCUCUGGUGCUGCUGGAUGAGCCUACUACAGGUAUGGACCCUCUCUCCAGACGUUUUCUGUGGAACUCCAUCAUGAGUGUUAUUCAGGACAAAAGAGCCGUGGUCCUCACGUCACACAGUAUGGAGGAAUGUGAGGCACUGUGUACGCGCUUGGCCAUUAUGGUUAAUGGAUCCUUCAAGUGUUUGGGAACUAUUCAGCAUCUCAAAUACAAAUUUGGCGAUGGCUACGUGGUCACCAUGAAGAUCAGGGCGUCUAAGCCCGGUUGUGCCCCAGACUUGAACCCUGCUGAAGCAUUCAUGGAAAGUACCUUCCCUGGCUGCAUCCAGAGAGAGAAGCACUACAACACGCUACAGUACAAGAUCUCCUCAUCCUCCCUGGCUAGGAUCUUUCAGAUGGUCCUGGCUAAUAAGGAGAAACUCAAAAUAGAGGACUACUCAGUGUCACAAACCACUCUCGACCAGGUGUUUGUGAAUUUUGCCAAGCAACAGUCAAGAGAGGAUGAAAGUAUUGUAUUGCAUCCAAAAGCUGCUGGAGCCCAGCGAUAUAUUGAUACCACACCCAUCAAGUCUUUGGGGAGGUGAACUUAAUUUAAUGAGCUCAGCUGGAAGAGAUCAUUUUUAUGUCAUUGGCAGCCAGUGUUCAAAGUCCUAUUGAUGUGUGUACUUUGAGGGGACUGAAAGCUAGUCGGCAUAAUCGGGGCCACCUUUUGAUUUGAGACAGUCUGCAGAAAAAUCCCUCCCAACCCAACAGACACCAGUGACAGGCGCAUCAUUUUUUGGAUGCCAACAGAGGAUGAACUUUUGGUUUCCAACUUUUGCGGAAAAGAAGUCCUUUGUGUUUUAAAUCCACGUUUGAUGGAGUCUUUUGAAUGUUGCAGUCGAUCUGUUGCAUCUUCUAACCUCACAGCGCAGCCUGUGAAGAAGUCGAUCCCUUAAACUGAUUUUACUCGUGGCAAAAGUGCAUGCUGCUCGAUUUUGCUUCUCCGGUAAACAAUGUUAGCGGGCUUUGACGUUUUGGAAAAUGUGGAGCAUUUCUGUGCCUGCCUGCUAUUUGUUCCACGUUCUGCUCACCUUUUAGGCCUUUAACUGAUGAAAUAUGAAAAAAUCAACCUGUAAAGAAAGGGUGUGUAAAGAAAGCAUAGAUUGUAUAUAUAUAUAUUUUUGCUUCAGAUGCCAAGCAAGAUUCACUUUCACUGCCUUCUUUAGAUAUGUGGAGUAAGGGCUCAGAGAAGCAAAGGCUUAGCACCUUAUUGAUGCAGUAUUACUCGAAGCAUCAUGAGAUUUAUUGGUGAUCUGUGUAAUACAGCUCAUAAUCAUUACAAAAUCCUUCUUGCGCUGUUAAAUACAUUUCAUUAAUAUGAUCUCUUCAUGCCAUUCAUUUUUAAUUUUUGCGCUUUGUCCUCAUGAUUUGUUUGCAGCACCUAGUGUCAUUAGAAGAUGAUGACGUGUUUCUGUGAGGCAGAGUAUAAUAAAUAAUGAAGUGCGUUUUCUUUAA